GCCGGCCGUCCUUUGCGUCGUCCAUGGAGGACCCAUUCCUCCUGCCGCUGCCGCUGCCCACCGUCUCUGACUCGUCCUCGAGUCAAGACGACGCGUCUUCUGUCGUCGACAUCUCCGCCGCGACCGGCGGCCAGCGCAUGCCGCAGGGCCACGUCGAGAACGCGCCGCGGCCCUCAUCGCCACCGCCACCGUCGGCAGCGGCGAACGCGUCUUCCGACGAGUCCGUGGACAGCGGGCACGCAUCGGAGGAGCUGCAAUAUGCGCCCGCGCGAGGCGUGCGGCAGGCUGGCGUGGGCAGUGCGGGCGAGCCGGGGCGGGGGGCGUCCGGCGUGGGCGCCGCAGCCGCCGCGCCAGUCAUCGUCAUGCUGUCGUCCCUGGCGCUCUACAUGCUGCUCUUCAGUCCGAUCGCGUAGAAGGCGGGAUCGCGAGAAGGGCGUGCGCACAUUCGCCGGGCUGCGUGCGUAAUUCAUAUUCACGAGAGAAAUUUGGAACUUUUUUGUCACAGAGAAUAUACAAAAA